GUUGGUGAGAUGCUGGACCCAGGUCGGUUCUAGACAGAGUAACCUGGGGAAUAGUUACACAACGCCCCAGCUUGGUGAGAUGCUGGACCCAGGUCGGUUCUAGGUAGAGUAACCUGGGGAAUAGUUACACAACGCCCCAGCUUGGUGAGAUGCUAGACCCAGGUUGGUUCUAGAUAGAGUAACCUGGGGAAUAGUUACACAACGCCCCAGCUUGGUAAGAGUGUAAGGCCGUGGAAACAUUGUCCAAGUAUUUUGGAUGGAGCCAACACCUAGGAGUGAUCUGUUGUCAGAUGAUUGACAACGGAGAUAAUUGCCCAACAAAAAACACACAAACGUUCUUAACGGAUGGAACUCAUCUGAACAUAGUUGACUACGGAUGUACUUCUGAUGGACGAAAACAUAAAAUUAUCAUUAUCAUAUACAAUUUAAUGUAUUUUCAUGUGUCUCAUUGUGGCUGCACCCGAAGACAGGAGUUAAUCAUUUUUUAUUUGGGCUUUUCUGUCUCUGCUGCCAGUGGCUGUGUGUCCCGUUCCUCAUGGUCAACCCAGUGGUGGGUGACAUCACCCAGACAGCCUUCAACCACACCCACCAGGCCCCCUGGCUGGGACACAUGGAGAAGGGGAAGGUCUUCAAGUGGGUUGAUGACUUCUUAUUGGUGGCAUUGGGUAGCUUGUCUUUCCAAUGUUUCCACCAGAGGACGCUUUCGGCCUCUUCCUCGUUUAACGCCCAGGUCACCUGCUUCGCGGCGGCUGCCAUGGUCCUCAUCCUGGGGAUCCCCUCUGUCCUGGUCGGGGCUGUGGCCGCUUCCACAGACUGGAACCUGACAUCGUACGGGUCUCCGUCUCCGUAUGAGCGCAACGAGACCGGAUUGGUGCUCCCCAUCGCCCUGCAGCACCUGGCUCCGCCCUACGUGUCCGUCAUCGGCAUCGGGGCCAUCGCCGCCGCAGUGAUGUCAUCCGUGGACUCUGGCCUCCUAAGCUCCGCCUCCAUGUUCUCCUCCAACAUCUACAAGAACAUCAUCAGGAAGCAGGCCUCAGACAGGGAGAUACAGUGGGUGAUCCGUGUGUCGGUGGUGGUGGUGGGGCUGUGUGGGAUGGCCCUCACUCUCCUCCACAACAGUACCUAUGCCCUGUGGAUCCUGGCGUCUGAUCUCGCCUACACCAUCAUCUUCCCUCAGCUCAUCUGCGUCCUCUUCUUCCAGGUCUCCAACGGCUAUGGAGCCGUGGUGGGAUACCUCGUAGGGGGCCUGAUGAGACUCCUCUGUGGGGAGCCCAUCUUCAACCUCUCCCCUGUCCUCCACUUCCCUGGAUGCACCCUGGAGGACGGCGUCUAUGUCCAGCACUCCCCCAUCAGGACCAUAUGUAUGCUUCUGGCCCUGGCGGCCAUCUUGGGUUUCUCCUGGCUGGCUCAGCUGAUGUUCAAUAAGGUCUGGUUGCCGGAGAGGUGGGAUGUGUUCCAGGUGAAGUUCCAGACUUUGCCACUUGGUGGCGCCAGAGAGAUGAAAGAGAAGGAGGAGGAUGGUGCAGUCUCUGAGCCAAUGCUUGACACCACAAAGUGUUAAAGUUUUGAUCUACCUACUUUUACAGGCCGGUUUCCCAGACACUUCCCUGGACCACAAAGCACUUUGUUAGAUUUUUUUUGGGUGCAUAUUUUUUGUUUAUUGGACACGAUAGAGAAAGGAAAUAUCUAUUGAACAUUCAAAUCAUUCUAAAGAAGGCUAUUUAAAAUAGAUUGUGUAGCUCAAUUAAGUUACUUACAUGAUUUGAACAUAAAGCAUGAAAAAGGCUGUAACAUCGGUACCAACGACUUGCAUUGGAUUUGUUCCACAAAAGCAUGGAUUGCAGUCGUACCUUGUCCAUAGACUGAUUACAGGGUUAGGCAAUCAAUCCUAUUAUGUCAUUUGGGUGAACUCUCUCUUUAGUCUAGGAGUAGGCUUAAUGAUAUGUGUUUCUGGGAAACUUCAUUACCUCAACCCCAGACUACCUCAUCCCCACCAGAUUACCUCAUCAGAUUACCUCAUCCCCACCAGAUUACCUCAUCCCCACCAGAUUACCUCAUCCCCAUCAGAUUACCUCAUCCCCACCAGAUUACCGCAUCCCCAUCAGAUUACCUCAUCCCCAGCAGAUUACCUCAUCCCCACCAGAUUAACACAUCCCCACCAGAUUACCGCAUCCCCAUCAGAUUACCGCAUCCCCACCAGAUUACCUCAUCCCCAUCAGAUUACCUCAUCCCCACCAGAUUACCGCAUCCCCACCAGAUUACCGCAUCCCCACCAGAUUACCUCAUCCCCAUCAGAUUACCUCAUCCCCACCAGAUUACCGCAUCCCCAUCAGAUUACCUCAUCCCCAGCAGAUUACCUCAUCCCCACCAGAUUAACACAUCCCCACCAGAUUACCGCAUCCCCAUCAGAUUACCGCAUCCCCAGCAGAUUACCUUUUAAUUUUUUUAUUUU